AUGCUCCGUCCGGGAUUCGCGGCGGCGUCUGCGGCGGGCGCGGCGUGGGCGAGCGAUCCCGCGGAGGCGGACGGGACCGCAGCGCGGGGGGGCGUUUUGGAGGAUGCGGGGACGUAUGACGUGGCACGCAAUGAGAAGUGGGUUUCUGAGGAGAAGGCUCGGCUGCUGACUGUGCAGGGCGGCAAUGUGCCAGGGGGGCUGCUGUUGACACGUGGCAGCUGGCAAUGGGAGGAGAGAGGCCCGUCGCUCUACCGCCUCGUGGGGCGAAUGAGCUUCCACAACAUGAGGCGCAAGCAGGACAUCUUCCUCCCACAUGUGACAGCACGCGUGGCCGUGCUGCUCUCCUCUCACUCCCUCCACGGCAUCUCCUCCCACGUCUCCAUCGCUCCGCGCCAUCCGGAAGGCGCGCCUGUUCCCCGAGCGGACGGGUACUGGCCGGCAUACAUCGUCCGGGCGGGCAAGGGCACAGCCAUGGAGGUCACUGUUGAGAUCCGGGCGGCAGACUCAGAUUCAGCUUCAGGGGACGGUGCAACCCUCUCCCACCUCAAGGCGGCCAGGCUGGACGUGCAUUACCCGGCGUACGGGCCACAUGGCAGCCUGCCAUUGGUGCAGCACGUCAUCCUGGCCCUCGCCUUCCCCCCCUGCCCGCCCCCAUCUGCUCCUCACGCCCCUCAGUGGCGCAGUAUCGCAUCAGGCAUAUCAGUGCUGGCGGUCCCAACACACCUGCUGUGCCACCUGGACGACCCGCUCCUUGUGCUGCGACACUACGCAGCGCCAUAUCUGCAACCGGGCGACGUGGUGACACUUGGCGAGACGCCAUUGGCCAUCAUGCAGGGCGGCUUCCGCCACCCGGACUCCGUGCCCCCGGGCCUUCUUGCCCGCUUGGCGUGCCUCUGCUUCCUGCCCGCCUCCUCGCUCGCCACGGCCUGUGGCAUGCAGGUUCUGAUAGACUUGGUGGGGGUGGUGCGGGUGGUAGUGGCGGUGAUAGUGGCAAUACUGGCGCGGCUGCUGCUGGGGCAGAGGGGGGUGUUUUACCAGCUGGCAGGGUACCAGGCCAGGCUCAUUGAUGACAUCACCUGCACCCUCCCUCCAUACGACCAGUUCAUCACUCUCGGCCCCCUGAGCGUGCACGAGACGGUGAAGGGGUUGAGUGCGAUGCUGGGGUGUGCUGUGGCGGUGGUAGACGUCAACGACCUCAAGAAAGUCAAGAUCCUCGCUGCAUCAGCAGGGGUGGACCAUGGGAGGCUCACAACAGCUCUGCUGCCCAACCCAGCAGGCAAUGCGGAUCAGCAAACCCCAAUUGUCAUCGCGCAAUGUAAGGCACAUUCCUCGCUCACACUCCUCCCCUCCGCGCUCACUGUCUCUGCCCUCCGCGCUCACAUUCCUCUCCUCCGCCCUCACAUUCCUCCCCUCCCAAUCCGCGCUCACAUUUCCUCCCCUGCGCGCUCACAUUCCUCCCCUCCCCUUCCGCGCUCACAUCCCUCGUCUCCGCGCUCACAUUCCCUUCCCUCCCCUCCGCGCUCACAUUCCUCCCCUCCCACUCCGCGCUCACAUUUCCUCCCCUCCGCACUCACAUUCAUCCCCUCCUCGCUCACAUUCCUCUCCUCCGCGCUCACAUUCCUCCCCUCCCUCACCGCGCUCACAUUCCUCCCCUCCCUCACCGCGCUCACAUUCCUCACCUCCCUCACCGCGCUCACAUUCCUCCCCCCCGCAACUUCACAUUCCUCCCCUCCGCGCUCACAUUCCUCCCCUCCGCCCUCACAUUCCUCCCCUCCCCAUCCGCGCUCACAUUUCCUCCCCUGCGCGCUCACAUUCCUCCCCUCCCCUUCCGCGCUCACAUUCCUCCCCUCCCCUUCCGCGCUCACAUUCCUCGUCUCCGCGCUCACAUUCCCUUCCCUCCCCUCCGCGCUCACAUUCCUCCCCUCCCACUCCGCGCUCACAUUCCUCUCCUCCCCCUCCUCGCUCACAUUCCUCUCCUCCCCCUCCUCGCUCACAUUCCUCCCCUCCCCCUCCGCGCUCACAUUUCUCUCCUCCCCCUCCUCGCUCACAUUCCUCUCCUCCCCCUCCUCGCUCACAUUCCUCCCCUCCCCCUCCGCGCUCACAUUUCUCUCCUCCCCCUCCUCGCUCACAUUCCUCUCCUCCCCCUCCGCGCUCACAUUCCAACCGCAACCGCAAUUCCCCUUCCAUCCCAUCUCUCCUCUCCUCAUCUCUCAUCUGCCCCACUUGUCUCCCCUUUGCUCCCCUCUUGACAAACCCUUCUGUCUCACCUCUCAUCAGCCCCACAUCAUCCGCCCCACUUCUCUCCCCUCCGUGCUCCUCCCAUUUGCCCCACUUGUCUCCCCUCCCUGCUCCUCUCAUCCGCCCCACUUCUCUCCCCUCCCUGCUCCUCUCAUCCGCCCCACUUCUCUCACCUCCCCUCUUCCCUCAUCCGUCCCUCCCACCUCUCCUCCCUCCUCCUCUAAUCUGCCCCACUUGUCUCCCCUCCCUGCUCCUCUCAUCCCCCCCACUUCUCUCCCCUCCCUGCUCCUCUCAUCCGCCCCACUUCUCUCACCUCCCCUCUUCCCUCCUCCGUCCCUCCCACCUCUCCUCCCUCCUCCUCUAAUCUGCCCCACUUGUCUCCCCUCCCUGCUCCUCUCAUCCGCCCCACUUCUCUCACCUCCCUGCUCCUCUCAUCCGCCCCACUUCUCUCACCUCCCCUCUUCCCUCCUCCGUCCCUCCCACCUCUCCUCCCUCCUCCUCUAA